CGUUAGUAUAGACUUGCUUUAGUUAUUUCUUUGUAAUUAGGAAGUAAGAGUAGUUUUGAUUGGCUAAUGAAAGAAGGCAUUUCAUUGGAUGGCUAGGUAUAUAAAUAGAGGUUCCAUCAGAUGAAAAGCUUCUCUUGCUCUGGCGGUCGAAGAAGAAGGAACAACUCUAAAAAGGAAGAUGCCACAAGUGAAAACAACUCCGAGAAAGCCAGGUUUGGUGUGUCCGCUGUGUUGCGAGAGACUUCCAUCAGAUGAAGAGUGGAAAGCGCACUUGGUGAUCUGCGGAACCAAUGCAAGAGAAAAGAAGAAGUUUGAGUGUAAUGAGUGUAACUUUGUCACGGAGAAGAAUGUUUGUCUGAAGAGACACAAGGAGAGGAAGCACCCAGUACGAGAAGACUCGUUGGAUGAACAUGAUCCAGGGAAUGUGUUAGAUAUCCUAGGGGAAAUAUCUGAGGACGAUCCAGAACCUGCAUCUAAGACAUCUAAGAUGGAAGAAAUGAUUACUGUGAGAAAACCCUGUCGUCCGAACCCUGUAUAUACACCAAAGAGACCUAACAUUCCACAAGAUUCUGCACGUGUUUCGAGUAUUGCUGUGAAAUCCGUCACAGGUAGUGUACGUGAACCAGGACUACAGACCAGAGAUACAGGGACACAGUUAGGCAAUGUAAAGACAUUUGUGGAUGCAGCUGUCCAGGUGAACUUUUCAAACCACAGGAGAACCAUAAAGACAACGACAUCGUACACGGAGAAUGGGAAGUCUGUUGUCAAGGUUGAGGAAGAAGAAUGGUUCGACUGAGUGAUUCAAAGACAUUUACAAAACAAAACAAAAAUAUACAUUUGCUCUUUUACUUACUGUGAAUGCGGGACGCAUUGAAUCAGAGGCGUGGGUAAUGAAGCGGUUGAUUCUUUGUUAAUUACAUUGUUCAAUAAAUGAUCGUUAGUAUAGACUUGCUUUAGUUAUUUCUUUGUAAUUAGGAAGUAAGAGUAGUUUUGAUUGGCUAAUGAAAGAAGGCAUUUCAUUGGAUGGCUAGGUAUAUAAAUAGAGGUUCCAUCAGAUGAAAAGCUUCUCUUGCUCUGGCGGUCGAAGAAGAAGGAACAACUCUAAAAAGGUAAUCAGUGACCAAGCUGUAUAAGUUUGGGCCUAGCUGCAUAAGCUAGGGUUCCACUGUAUUCCUUUAUAGUACAUGGUCAAAAUAAAUUGUGUUACAGUAUAGUGUGCAUAGUCACAGGGUAUCACAGUACAGGGCGACGUACUGUUGAUACAGGGUGUCAGGUACCAAGACACAGGGUUUACCAAGGCAUAGGUUUUAUAGUGGCUAGCUAUAGGGUGACUUGGUCAAACGGCAGUCGCGGUAAAGGGUGACGUGGUCAAGGUGUGUCGCGGUAAAGGGUGUACACAGUCACGGGUGUCGCAGUAAGGGGCUAUUUACUGUUGAUACAGGGUGACGGAUAUAUUGUGAUACAGUUGUUUUAGUUGGCUUUUUGACUAUAUUAGUGUUAGAGGUAUAUUAAUGUAAAAUAUCUACCGGGUGUAGAUUAGGUAAUAGUUAUUUGAGUCAGAAAGACGGCCGUUAUUUUGUAUAUAUUGUCGGCACUUGUUUGUUACAACAAUUACUGGGUCCAAGAAAGAACUUGGUAACGAACUGUAGGCACGCAU